AUGUCUCGCAGAAACAACCGCCGGGCACGUUCCGCAAAGCCCACAAGCCGUACCACUGAGAGCCAGUUGGCAAUCCCAAAGUCCGCCAAACAAAUCAAGAAGCAGAAACGUCGCGAUCGCCGCGAAGCAAAGCGGAACCAGGCGCGAAACCGUAUGCGAGAGCCAACUGUUGACAGCGACGGUGACAUAGACGCUAUUUCCGAGUCUGACGCAGAGUCUGAGCAAGAUAUCUCGCACCGAAACACCAGCCAGGAGAAGAUGGAUCUCGACCGACCUGGACCAUUUGAUCUCCAGAGACUCCGCACGGCCGUCACGUCCAUUAUCAAAGAGUGCGUUGAGGAGUUUGGCAUGGGGAGCAAGAUGAACGACUACAUGGACUGGCAGCCAGAACCGCCUAGACCUGUGUAUCUGGUGCUGUGGAGCGAGAUGCCAUGUUAUCCGGAUGGAAAAGUCCGCAGACAUUGA